GCUAACUACUAACUAAUUACUAGUCAUGUAUAGCAGGUACCUAUCCAGUAAUUAUAAGAACAUGUAACUAUAUAAAUAGUAUAUAGUGGCGACGUUGGUAGACAUGUAACAUGCCUACGCUAAUGGCCUGAUGGCAAGAUGACCAGGGCUGAAAAGCUUGGCUCUCGUUUAUUUUCAAAUGAAAGGCGGAAAGAUUCCCCCUUCGAUUUAUCUCUCCGUUUCUCGUCAGCCUAUUCUCGUGCUGGAGUUCUCAUCCAGCUCGUCGUCGUUCGUUACAUUCCUGGAAAUAUUUCCAUCCGAUCGUUCUUAUUUAUUAUAGUUACUUAAUUUUUAAUCUUUGCGCAUUUACUUUUAUUCUUGCUUUCAACUUUGAGUUAAUAUAAUUAGUUCCCUCUUAUAUUGUGGCUAAUUACUAUUGCUACCAAGAUGGCUUCGAAUGAGAAUCCGAGGCCGACUAUUGAAACGAGAGAUGAGAAUGAAGUUUCGUCCGUGAGCAGCCCGGCCUCAGCGACCCACGAGAACGCUACAGCAGCUCCGGUAACGAGGGACCAGCCUGAAGAGCCCGUGAACGGGGGAACACCAUCGUUACCAGCUAGGCCAGCAGGAAAUCCAACUGCUCAACCACGAUCGCCUGCACAUCAGCAGCCACUCCCACAACCGUAUCCUCAAUAUCCAUCACCUUAUGGGCCAUAUGCCUACCAGCCCCAGCCGUAUCAGUGUGCGCAGCCUAUUCGAGCCCUUCCUCCUUAUUCAAAGUCCUGGACAGCCGCCAAGCUCGUUCUCACAGUCUUCUCAACUAUCUUCGCUAUCGUAAUCCUGGCUUUGUCAUGCGCCUUCCUUGGCGAUGAUGGUAAUGCCGAAGGCAUGGCAUUGUAUGCCCUUCCUAUUAGCAUCGCUGCCAUUUUAUGGAACGGCGCCGAGUUAAUCACCUUUGGUAUUCGCUCACGGAGUGACGUUAAACGAGGAAUUCACCCAGGGGCACACGUUGCCCUACACCUCUGCUUCUGGCUUGCCUGUGUAUUCGCUGUUCUUCUUACGGUUGUGAUUUCCCUCUCCGUCCAGUCUACUAUCAGAGAAUGUGCCGAGGAGGAAACCGAGCGCUAUUCGUAUUAUAGUUACAGCUACUGUCACGAUGACAUCGGGCUGUACAGCAACGGCGCGUAUCUGCCUAUGAUCCAAGCCGUAGCUGCUUUCUUCGGCUUGGCCACCAUCGAUCACUUCAUUCUUUUCGUCAUGGCGUGCAUCGAUACGCACAAACGGAAUAUGACGAGGCCUGCAGGCGUUGUUCUACCACCUAUGUUAUCGGCGGGAGGCAUGUACUACCCACCUCCGCCACCACCACCAGGUACUACUCCUUACUAUCCGUAUCCGGUGCCGAUGCAGUCGUUUCCGCAACCGCCACAACAGUUGCAAGCGGGACAAGUGCGAUUUGGUCCAGUUCCUAACGGGACCGGUGCCGUAGCACCAACCGCCCCUCGAGCCAACCCGGUCGGACAGAAUUACCAAAGUCUCGCCGGGUUUUACGCACCGGCACCACCGCAGCCUUCCUAUUUACCAGCCCAGCCCGCAGCGGACCCGAAUAACGAAAAGGCCGCACCCUCUACUUCGGCUGUACCUGGCCAAGCGUCAUGAUGGAAGAGUACCAACAAGGCAAUUUCUGUUUUUAGCAUUUCAUAAUGUCCUAAUACCCUGCGCUUGGUUGUAUGAGAUCAAAUGAGAUAAGACGUGUCUGUAUAGCUGUGAGCAGUUUUGGCUCGCGAUGUUAAUACUAUUGAUACCCCCGGACUGCGUUGUAUAUGAGAUCUGAAUCUAAAGAACUUAUUACGUUAGUUUACAGCCUUGGGCAUCAAGGAUCAUCAUUUAUUUAAAGCUUGGGCUAUAUCUUGGAACUCAAUGUGUCCAUGGCAUCA